AUGAAACAGAUAGACCAAGGUGAUAUACGAUUAAUUUCAAGAAGACUAGAGAUAUAUUUUAACCGAACAUGGGGCACAGUUUGCAAUGACGACUUUGGCGAUAUUGAUGCUAUUGUGGCUUGUAAACAACUUGGCUACAACGAUGGAAUUUCCUUGGACUCCAUUGUAGAUGAUGGUACUGGUAACAUUUGGCUUGAUGAUGUGGGAUGUGAGGGAAACGAACCCACAUUUGCUGAUUGUCCAAAUAAAGGAUGGGGUGUGCACAACUGUGGGCAUGGAGAAGACGUAGGAAUCAAAUGUUUCAACCGCUAUGAUGGUGAUAUACGAUUAAUUUCUAAUAGACUUGAAAUAUUGCACAACGGAGAAUGGGGCACAGUGUGCGAUGACAAAUUUGACGUUAUUGAUGCUAUAGUGGCUUGUAGACAACUUGGCUACAACAAUGGAAUUUCCUUGGGCUCCAGCGUUAGUGAUGGUAAUGGUACAACUUGGCUUGAUGAUAUGGAAUGCACUGGAAAUGAACGGACAUUGUCUGAUUGUUCAAAUAAUGGUUGGGGUGUGGAAAACUGUCGUCACUCUGAAGACGUAGGGGUAAAAUGUUGGAACUCCACUGAAGAUGAUAUACGAUUAAUUUUUGGAAGACUUGAGAUAUAUCACAACGGAACAUGGGGCACAGUCUGUGAUGACAGCUUUGAUGACAUCGAUGCUCAAGUGGCUUGUAGACAACUUGGAAAUAAAAAUGGGAGUGUUCUAGAAAAUACAAUAGCAACUGGCACUUUAAGAAUAUGGUUAGACAAAUUGCAAUGCAAUGGAACGGAAACUCAUUUACACGAAUGCCCACAUACUGAUUGGGGAAAACAUAGUUGCAUCCAUGGCAAUGUUGUUGGAAUUCGUUGUUUUGAAGGACAUCCCCGUGAAGGCGAUGUACGUAUCAAUUCAAGCAGACUUGAGAUAUAUCACAACGAAAUCUGGGGAACAAUUUGCGAUGACUCCUUUGACGACAGAGAUGCCACUGUUGCUUGUAGGCAACUUGGAUACAACAGCGGAAAAUUCUGUGGAGCCAAAGUUAAUGGUACUGGGAAAAUAUGGCUUAGUGAUCUGAAAUGUUUUGGAAAUGAACCUAAAUUGAGUUAUUGUUCACAUAGAGGAUGGGGUGACGGAGACUGCGGGCACCACGAAGACGUAGAAAUUGAAUGUUUCAACUUAAACGAGGGUGAUAUACGUAUCAACUCAGGGAGUCUUGAAAUAUUUCACAACGACGAAUGGGGAAGCGUAUGCAGAGAAGACUUUGACAAUAUCGAUGCUAGGGUUGCCUGUCGACAGCUUGGAUACAGGAAUACAGACAAACCAACUGGAGCAUACGAUGGUGUUGUUGCAUUCCAAAAUGUGAGCAAUGAUGCAAAGAGCGAGGAAGAAAUCUAUGACAUAGUAGAAUAA